AUGCAACUCCAGCUCGCCCUCGCCCUCCUCUCCACCGCGGCCUACGCCUCCCCCAUCGCCCAGCAAGGCACCCCCAUCAACACCCCACCCGCCGUCGCGAGCACGCCCCUCGUCGCCACACCCCCCUCGGCCAACACCCCACCCGCCACUCCCUACGCCACACCCUACGCCACCCCCGGCUCCACCUCCAACCUCCCCACCUGCGGCGCCCACGCCUACGACCCCGCCGCCUUCUACUGCAACAACCCGGCGCCCUACACUCCCGGCGACGCCGUCGCCAACGUGAACGCCGACAGCAGCGCCAACGUGCUGUGCCCCAUCCAGAACGGCCGCGCCCUGCCCGCCUGCGGCGCCCAGUGCUACGACCCGGACAUCUUCUCGUGCGCCGACGGCGUGCUGUCCGUGGGUGGCGGUGGCGGUGCGGCGGGGACGCCCGUAGCGACGCCCGUGGGGACGCCCGUGGGGACGCCCGUGGGGACGCCGGCCGGUGUGUAUCCGCCUGUGGGUGCGACGCCGACGGGUGGGGCGAGGUGA